AUGGAGGAAGAUUUCUUUAUCACCGAAUACAUGAGCUGCGAACGAGAUGAACUGAAAUGUACGAUAAAGAAGUUAUAUUCAGAUUUUAUUGUCAAUGAAAUCACCCCGGAUGGAACUGUUCUUAACAUAUCUUUACCGUGCACAACGGAAGCGAUCGUCGAGAGUAAAGAAAUAAAGAAUAGCUGGACGGACGUAAGUGAUAUCUCUACUCCAGAAGCUGUCACGCAAGAGCUGGUCUCAAAAAUUGAUGCUCUUCUUAAGGAUGAAAUCAGCGUUGUCGAAAUACCAACUGAAGGUAUGGAUAAACAAAGACGUACCCUUAUACAUGACUGGAUACGCAACCGAUAUAAUGGUCUUUUGGAUUCACAAACAGUUUCUAGUGUCAUUCGAGUUCUAGUACCGGAUAAACGAACUAGGAAAAGAAAGACUUGGCCAGCAGAUCGCCCCGAUUAUGUUCAUUUCACAUUAUGUAAAGAAAACAAAGAUACGCAUUAUGCACUUUCUGUGAUUUCUAAGUUCUUGGGGAUAAAAAGCUCUUCAUUUGGUAUUUGUGGUACAAAAGAUCGUCGAGCUCUUACAACACAACGAGUAUCAUUGUAUCGAUGUGAAAUUGAGCGAUUGAAAGAGCUUAACACUAAGCUACGUGGCAUAAGGCUUACUGAUUUUACUUCAAGUUCAAAACCAUGCAAAUUGGGUGAUCUUUGGGGGAAUAGAUUCAAAAUUAUUUUAAGAAAUGUUCAUCCGUUCAGCGAAAAUGAUUUGAUCAAUAGAAUUGAUGAUUUCAAGUCAAACGGUUUCAUCAAUUAUUUUGGAACUCAGCGUUUUGGAUCGUGCGCUUUUAAUACCGCAGAAAUUGGUAUUGCAAUUUUAAAGAAGCAGUGGGAAGUUGCCUUGAACGCAAUUUUGAAACCACGGAAUGCACAAGGAAGUAUUCGAGAAGCUCUAGAUGAAUGGAAUAAAUCAGGAAACGCUUCUCUUGCUUUGAAAAAACUCACAGGCAGUCAGUCAUAUGCUACCAUCGAAGGGCAACUUUUAUCAUCUCUUAGCAAGAACAGACGCGAUUAUCGCGGUGCUUUGUUAAAGUUAGCUCGCAAUACACGCAGUCUUUAUGUUCAUGCUUACCAGAGCUUGUUAUGGAAUAAGGUUGUUAGUCGACGUGUAAAAAACAAGGGAUUUCAUGCGAUCAGCGGUGACUUAAAUCUUCGAGGUCAAGUAAUCAAAGAUUUUGAAAACGAAGAGGUAGCUUUGCCUCUAAUAUCGGGAUCUGUUAAGUUUCCCAAUAACGAAGUUCGAGAUUGGUAUGCAGAAAUAAUGGCUGAGGAUGGCGUAACAUUAGAGAUGUUCGAAGCAUUAGAGAAAGAAUGGACAAUAGGCUCCGUGAUGCGUCCUCUUAUAACCAAACCUCAGAAUGUGAAGUAUAAAAUAUUGACCUAUCCUGAAGCCAGGACAAAACUGCAAACAGAUUUUGAAGGAGAUAUAGAUUCAAAAAGUAUUGGAACUGGCGAUUUCCAUGCGGUAGCUUUAGAAUUUUCUUUGUCAUCAGGUUCUUAUGCUACCAUCGCUUUACGCGAAAUUACAAGGUGUGAUAUGAGUAAAUUGGCUCAGAUGUCCAUAGCUCAAAGUGAAAACGAUUUUCCAGAAUCUUUUUAA